CCAUAAGACACGGUGAGCAACCGCCACUCGCUUCCUCUUCUCUUGAUCGGGAAGAGAUAAGAAAGCCCUCAUGGUCGCGAUCGCCUCCCCCUCCCUCGCCGCUCCCCCUCGCUUCCGCUGCUGCGAGGACACCCACGGCCGGCGCCGCCACCGCCCGCCGCCGCCCCUCGCGCCCGAGGCCCAGUUCCCGGAACGCUCGAUGGCGGCGCCGUGCCCCCGGCCGCGCCGCAUCAUCCUCGUCCGCCACGGCCAGAGCGAGGGGAACGUCGACGAGAGCGUCUACACCCGCGUACCCGACCCCAAGAUCGGCCUUACGCCCAAGGGCUGGCGCGACGCCGAGAAGUGCGGCCUCCGGAUCCGCGACCUCGUCGCCGGCGACGGCGCCGACGACUGGAAGGUAUACUUCUACGUGUCGCCCUACCGCCGGACGCUCGAGACCCUCCGUGGCCUCGGCAAGGCCUUUGAGAGAUCAAGGAUCGCGGGUGUCAGAGAGGAGCCGCGGGUUCGGGAACAAGAUUUCGGAAACUUUCAGGAUAGGGAGAAAAUGAGAAUCGAGAAAGAAAUACGUCACCGUUAUGGCCGUUUCUUCUAUCGGUUUCCAAAUGGGGAAUCAGCUGCUGAUGUCUAUGACCGAAUCACAGGCUUUAGGGAAACCCUCAGGGCAGAUAUUGACAUUGGCCGCUUCCAACCACCAGGUGAACGAUCACCAAACAUGAAUUUGGUGAUUGUAUCACAUGGCCUAACAUUGCGGGUGUUUUUGAUGAGAUGGUACAAGUGGACAGUGGAGCAGUUUGAGGGGCUCAACAAUUUUGACAAUGGAGGAAUGCUAGUCAUGCAAACUGGUAGUGGUGGAAGGUACAGCCUCCUUGUGCAUCACACUGUGGAGGAGCUUCGAGCUUUCGGUCUUACAGAAGCCAUGCUGAAUGAUCAAAUGUGGUACCGCACAGUAGCCUUGGAUAGAGAAAAUUUCUUGCUGAUGGUUAAAAUAAGUGCAAAUGACUGCAAAACCUGGUGAGUUGAAUUAUGAUUUUGUAACAGAUGGAUCUUCGUUUUUUACACAUUUGGUCUAGAAAGAAAGAAGAGGAAGGGGAAAGGCAGUAUGCUCAGGAAUCUCAAGGCCCUAUCAGAAUUAUCUGCGAUUGAUCGAGUCCAUCAACUUGUAUAGUUUGUAAUCAGUUCUUGUAGAUUAGAUGCUUUAUAUAGUUCAUGUUUCCAGUUGAUGUCGAAAUGUGUAAGAAUGAGAGACAGAGAAGCUGAGGUACAGUUUCAAAGUGUUACUUUUUGCUUACUAAUUAGUUUUCAUUGA